AUGAACCAGAUAAUCAUAGAUGUAGAGACAGCUAUUAGGUCCAGUAAGCUGUCCACGGCCCAGAAGGAUUGCGCCAGAGCCGAAGUGGCAGAUGUCUUGAGAAAGGGCGUCAAUGGGAAAUCCAACGUCGAGGAAAUCCAGAUAGCGAAAGAACUUAGGAGAAAGGAGGUGUUCUACGUCAAGGCGGACAAGGGAAAUUCGGUGGUCAUCAUGGACAAAACGGAUUACAACGGAUUGAUGCAGGCCAAAAUCGAUGAAGGACCGUAUCGAGUUCGAAGAGAGGACCCGCUACCGGAGAUGGUUAAGGAGGUGGAAAAAACGCUGAAGGACUGUGGACCGAUCUUAGGGUUUGCGCCGGGCGCCCUGAAAGUGUCUGCCCCAAUCGUCCCUAGAAUCAAAGGUCUACCGAAGAUUCACAAACCAGGGAAUGAGAUGAGGGAGAUAAUUUCGGGAGUGAACUUCCCCACUGAAAAAGUGGCGAAGUGGUUACUGAACGAGUUUAAAAGGAUGCCAAAACCUUUCAAAACGAGAUCGGUGACCAACACCUUAGAGUUCGUGAACAGACUGCAGGCGUCGGGAGGCAUAGAAGAGGACGAGGUCAUGGUUUCCUUUGAUGUUUCAGCUUUGUUUCCAAGUGUUCCCGUUAAAGAAGCUUCUAAUCUGUUAGAAGAUUGGUUGCUUCAACAACACAAUGGGAGCACUUGGAAACUCAAAGAGCUGAUCGAUAUCAUUUUGCAAGGCAGUACAAUCUACGAUGGAAGCUAUUAUUCGGAAGAUUUUGAGAUCGUCCGCGAAGAAUAA